UUGGUCUCUCCAGGCUCACACAGACGAGGAGAGACGUAGGCUGCUGGUCGGUGUGUAACAAAAGACACCUUUGGGAGACAGGGAGCAUUGUCCGUGUCGGAAACAGAAGUCAUCUGCAGCGGACCUGGUGGUUUAACCUAGGCUGGAGAAAUAUCGUGUCGCUGCUGCAUCCUUAAAGAAACCGAGAGGUGAGGAAAAGGGACGAAGAGGAUUCCUUAAAGUUUGCUUGCUCCGCCCUCACCACCUUCAUCCUCGUGGAAAUGUAGACGUAUCCCGAGGCAAGAAUGGUGUGGGGGUAGUUUUAUGGAGUCCGUGCUGCGAUCGGGUUCAAGUUUUUGGAAGAAGAAAAAGUGGCAGACACAUCGUGGAAAACUUUCCCCUGCGGAAGAACAAAGCGGCGACUGAGCUGGAUCUUCAAUCACCGCUCUGAGCACACAGAUUUGUAAGAUUCCAAAGAUGCGCCCGUUGAGCACGUCGCGGGGAUGUAAGCGAGGAGGAGCGUACAAGUCCGGGAUGAUGCAUUUACUAGUCCUCCUCGCACUCACUCUGUCCUGUCACUGCUGUCCGGACAGAUGCUUGUGCUCCUCACAAACUGUGAAAUGCCAAAACCAGGACUUGGACGCGAUUCCGAGCUCUUUUCCCACUACCACCAAAAUUAUUUUUGUGACGGGAAACAACAUCUCCUACAUCAACAAGGACUCUUUCCCCAUUCGUCUGGACAUGUUAACAGACCUCUAUCUCAGUGGGAAUGAGCUGGAGUCAGUGGGUGCCAUGGUGUUUGAAAACUUGCCAAACCUUGUGCGACUGGACCUGAGCAACAACAACAUCCAGGCUUUCAGUGAAAGAGCUUUACCUGUUGAGAAUACCCUUCAGGUUCUGAACCUCAGCAGGUCUUUUCACAAUCACUCCUGCAUGGAUGCGGUCCUGAGUGUCCUGCAGAGUGGGAAUCUCCUCAUGCUCAAAGUCUUGGACCUUUCCAACAAUGACCUUGUGAUUCUUCCGGAUGACGCAUUCAGCAGCCUCUCCAACCUGGUCAACAUCAGCCUGCAGAACAGCACCAUCAUCUCCGUCCUGAACGGGACCCUGAAGGUUCCCCCACUGCGUGACCUUGACCUGAGAGACAACAGCCUGAGGGUUCUGCCUACCACCACCCUGGCAGAGUUCAGCCUCAAGCCUGAUCUCAGCCUCUGGCUGGCGGGGAACCCCUGGCGCUGCGACUGCUUCAUUGAGGAGAUGUUGCUGUGGUUGAAAAACUCCACUCAGGUAAUGGACUCGCAGAACCUCACCUGUGCCGGCCCAGAGGCCCUGAGGCACCAGCCACUUCUUCAGGUAGAGCUGUCGCAGCUGAAAUGUUUGGGCGAGAUGGAGGGUGUGCUGGAGACUUCUUAUGUUUUCUUGGGGUUGGUGCUAGCACUGAUCGGCGUCAUAUUCCUGCUGGUGCUCUACCUGAACAGAAAGGGCAUCAAGCGUUGGAUCUACAACAUCCGGGAUGCUUGUAGGGACCAUAUGGAGGGGUACCAUUACAGGUAUGAGAUAAACUCUGACCCACGUUUGGCCAACCUGAGCAUCAAUUCAGAUGUUUGAUCCAGGAUGGGACAGUGUCUGGGACCCCGCAGUGAGAUAUGAAAUGACAUAAAAUCUUAAGAUCUGCAUGAAAGUCUUCCUCCCCUUCUCCUUUCCCCCUCAUGAUGCUAUCCAGAUUUGACAUCUGCCAUCUAACUUAUCUCACAACCUCCAUUCAGCCACUGCCGCAUGUCUCCUACAAGACAAGGAAGCUGUGACAUUUACUGCGUCUCUUCUGCGUAACAUUGCAUGGACAAUGAAUCGUGACAACGAUUUUUUUUGGAGAGUUGCGAAAAAUGUUCUUUUCUUACUUUUCCUCAAGGACAUAUGGAUAGAGUACAUUGACUUUUAAGUGAACUAAUACCUGGCAAAAACACACUGCCGGUCAUUGCCUCCCUCUCAUUAUGCCUCUGCUUCAGAGGAAUGCUAUGCUGCUUGUUUAUAAGUUUGCUCUUUUAAUAAGUGAAUUUGUGAUAUAGAGUACGAGUUUUUUUUGGAAUGAUUAUAGUGCACAUUGCAUAGUUUUUUGGAUCUAGUAGGUGGAUGUGAUUGCUCUCUUUUUUCCUGUGAAGAUAUUCAGCUAAAUAAAAUGCUCUGGAUUGAUGGGACACAUUUUCGACUGAGGACCUUUAAUUUUAAGACUUGGAGACCACAUACACACACAACCAUAUACUUCUGUCUUAGUGAGGAAACUCAUUGCUAUAGUGCAUUCCCUAGCCCCUUACCCUAACUUUAACCAUCACAACUAAAUGCCUAACCUUUAAACCAAGUCUUUAAAACCUUCAAAUAGUCCAUUGAAAGAGGGACAGAAAGUGAGGACUGGCCAAAAUGUCCCCACUUUCUGAAAUGUUUUUACUCUAUAAAUUCUAAACCCAAAAUGGUUCUCACAGAGAUAG